UUUUACAUUUUGGUCCCUAAAAUAAAUAAUUAUUAUUUCAUAAUUAUUUAAAUAAUUCCAGUGAAGAGAUUUCAGAUAAAGCAAAACCCUAACUUCUGCAAAUCGAAUCUAUUAACCAUGGGAAUCCUAUCUUGGUUCUUCAACAAAGGGAAUAAUAGCACCACCAAGAAGGAAGAAUCGGUCCGAACCACGAAACCCGACCCGAAAACCGAAUCCGUGGGGGCGCCAGGCAUGAACGGGGCAGUGGAGGUCCGAAGACCCGACCCGCCGGCAGUCGACGUGUCCGUUUUUGAGUUCGGUUCGGUGGCGGCGUCCGCCGAUAAGGUGACCCUCGCCGGAUACUGUCCAGUCUCCGAAGAACUGGAGCCCUGCCGAUGGGAGAUUCUCUCCGCGAGUGGCUCCGACGCUCCUCAGUUCCGCGUGGUCUUUUGAGGUUUAAAAUGAUGAAUUGAGGGAGAUAUAUAAUUAUAAAAAAAAAAAAAACUUUUUUUUUUGUUGUUAAAAAAUCUUCCUUUUAUCUGCAUUCUCUUGUAGUUGUAGGUUAUCUGAUUCUCGAUGUUUAUGAUGCCACAGUUUGUUGAUUAUUAUUUUUUUUUUGAAUCAAUUAAUUAUCUGUAUUUGCUUUCCUCCAUAGCAAAAUUUUCGAUUCCGAUGCAAUUCGAUGCGAAUUCGGU